AUGCCUCGCCAACUCAAAACCCUCCAGCCAAGCCAGCGCAAGCUCCCCUUCUCCGAGCUUCAGGGAGACAUACCCGAUGAAGGCCACCAAGAAGCAUUCGAACUGCUUUAUUCCGAAAUCAAUAACUUCCUCAAGGAUGGAAUCUGCAAAAAGGCAGCCAGCUCGAAGAAAUCGCUUUGGAAGCUGAAGCAUCCCAGGGAAUUUCUGAGUUUUGCUCGCAUGGUUGCUCGGCCUGGCGCUGAUGGGGAGUGGGAGAAGUUGCUCAGGUCUCGGCCUUAUCGAUGUGCCCUUUUGUCGGGCGUGAUGAUGAUGAUGCUGGAGAAGCAUGUGUUUUCUGAUCUCUUGUUUGGUGCUGGACCGGAGCAUGCGGAACUGCUGAGGAUGGAGGACAGUUCUAUGAUCAACGUUGAAGGUUUCCGACGUACAGCCCUUCGGGCCGACACUAAUCGCGUGUAUCUUGAAGCAACGGGUGGUGUUCCGCCUUUAUUCUGGAAACGCGUAGACAAAAUCACCGCCCAAAUCGUAACAUUGCUCUCUCCCCUCUCUACCGCUCUUGGAGAAGACGCGCCGUCUGCAUCAUCGUAUCAGGCUUUACAUGACAUUGUUGCACUUGCUGGGUGGCUUAAUCUCGCUAUCCGACUGUCUCCCAAGAUUACCGUUUUCGAAUGGGUCCAGCCCGGCGAGACAUAUCAACACAGCCAUCUCUGCGUUGGAGAAUACAAGACGCCUUCCUCAGCGAGUUAUGAAAAAUUUCAUGGUAUUCGAAGCCGCACACGCGUCAUGAUCUCGACCGCACCGAAAAUCACGAGACACGCGCACGCGGUCAAGGGGUAUUUCACUGGCACAGCGACAUAUGAGGUCAUGCAGCCACAUGUCGUCACAUACAUCGGAGGUUACACCGACUGGGAUGAUAAACUUGAAGUUCCGCUGCAAAAUCAUAUCAGCAGCAGGUUCCCCUUUUCCUCGAUUGGACUCUUAUCUCUGGUGAUUAACGCCGUGCGGCUCGUGGCGCUCCUUUCUCUCGUCGGCGUUUUGGGGCUGAUGGUGUUUGGUGCCGGGGUCAGUCUUCCUGGUCGUGAGCUGAUGCUAUUGCCGAUCCGACUGUCGUUUCGAAGUCUGAAGUGGUGGUUCAAUAUGAUUCUUCGACAUAGUGAGGUGAACACUCAGUUUAAAGUUGUGAAUACUAGUUGGUCGUGGACGUAG